AUUACAUUGCAGCAGAGAAUGUGCCAUUCAUGUACAUAUGAGCAAGUUAUUGUAUGAUUAACAGCACAAACUUACUAUGAUGUUAUUCUAUAGUUAUUAAGUUAAUAUAUUCUAAAUAUGUUUCUAAAUAAGUGAGUGUUCAGUAUUUGAGAAGUUAGCUAUUUAAUUGAUAUGGGAGUUUGUAUUCAUUGAAUUUUGCAGAGAAAUGUAUUACUUUAAUAGGAAAUCUACCCAUAACACUAUGCUUUCAUUAACACCCUUGCAGCAUAGGCUACUGUAAGUUAUGUUGUAUGUCUUGUGAAAAAAUAGUAUUUUGAUUUGUGUGUAUUGAUUUAUGAAAAUAAGCAUUGCUCCGACUUAAUCAUAUUGUAUUGCUGCUAUUUUGCAUAUUUAUCUCUCUAAAUAAAUCUCUCUAAAAUAUGCUUAUUACUUUAUAUAGACUUUGAAACCUUUCUGAUGCACAAUGAUAUCACAAUUACAAUUUUUAGACUUUCAACAUUAAUCAGAGAAAUUAUCUUUGAUUUGUAUCUUGUACAGUUAAACAUUACCUCCUGGACAUAAACUGUUGGCACACUACCCUUACAACCCUACAUAACACACCUCUGUAGUCUCUAUAGCACCCCAUUUAAACACACACACACACACACACACACACUCAUUUACUAUAAAGUUAACUGAGGUCACCAGUUAUUUAUACACAUAACGAAAAAAUUAAUAAGGCACGCCAUAACAGCUGCUUGCAAUUUAGAUAUCUCCAUUAAUUAUUACAGAAGCAAUCAAGUUUUGUCGUGACACUCUGCAAGCAUCCAGUGUGCUUUCUCUCUCUCUCUCGCUCUCUCUCUCUCACAUACACAAACACACACUGUAUAAGUAAGGAUUUAUUUAGAUGUUUCCUGUCCUAAGCCUAACUCUUUCCCCAUAACCAAACACAUACAAACAUGUCUGUUUCAGUAUAUUAAUACGAUUGUCUCACAGACUCCCAUUGUUAAUGAGGGUGAUAAUACUUUUAGUGUCCCAACCCAACCUUUAACCUACACACCUAACAUAACAUUUUCAACUACACUAUACCUUAAAGGUAUAGUCACUUACACACACACUUGAGAACCAUGCUGCAUUAUUGUAACUGUGGGCUACAAAGCAUUUCUUAUCAGACAUCAUCAGUUUUGAUUUUAAAUAGCAGACAGAAAUACAGCACAAAACAUGACUGCUAAAGCAUAUUCAGAGAGAAAACCUUUGUAAAGUCAACUGCUAAUGAUAAGAACACUGCAUACAGCCCUACAGCUGCAGGCGGUACUGUCCAAAAAUAAACCAUCAUGUCAAAUGCAAAAAGAUAACUGUUUGUCAACAGUGACUCAUAAUAAAAGAUCUUGUUAAACUGUGUAUAAGGAGUCAGUAAGGAGGUCAAUGCACUGGUAAUAGUGAAAGAACUAUUACAUUUACAAAGCAUUCAAAAAUCCAGGUUUUCAAACAGCAUCUGAUUUUGUAUACAUAGGCUAAUACAUGGGUGUACAUUUAUCUGCAUUUAUCAGAGUGUUUAAAGUGGAAAAUUUAGAUUUCACUACACUUUUAAUGUCAUACUUUAUACAUUUACAUUUAGUCAUUUAGCAGACACUUUUAUCCAAAGCGACUUACAGAUGGAAGCAAUUGGAACAACAUAAGGACAACAAAAAGCAUAAGUGCAAUAAAAGAAAAUUGGUCUCAUAUAGCCUAUCACAGUAUACAGAGCUAAGUUUUUUUUUUUUUGAAGAAGAAGUAGAAAAGAGAUAGAAGUCAGAACUGAUCAGUCAGGUGUUGACGGAAGAGAUUUUUACUUAAUUUACUUAAUUUUCAUAAAUAUUUUUUACCUACUGUAUAAAACGUAAGUGCCCGGUUUCACAGACAAGGCUUUUAAAACUAGUUCCAGACUAAAAUGAAUGUUUGAGCUUUCUAAACUGAAAAUAACUUGCCCUGACAUAUCUUAAAAUAUGUCUGAGCCAGUGUUUUGUCUCAAGAUGCACACCAGAAAUGUUUUUUCUAAGGCAUUUUUAUAAAAGUGACUUAGCUAAAUAUCUUAAUUUAACUAAGGCAUAGUCCUGGCUUAAGAUAAGCCUUGUCUGCGAAACCGGGCCAUUAAAAUCAUCUUACUUUUACUCAGGAAAUAUACUUCAGUAAAAGUAAUAUAAAGUAAAUUUGUAGAUUUUUUGGUUUAUAAUGUAAUCAAGUAAACAUUUUCAAAGUAAAAACACUGAUUCUGAUUCUGUACCGUACAGAUACUUAAAAAUUGAGUAAAACUACUUCACUACUGUCCACCUCUGAUUUGAUGAAUUGUGCAUGAAAUGAAAUACAGACUCAAUCUAGAUUAAAUAGUUUGCCGAAAUCUUGUUAAAAUGUGUUGUUUUUACCAAUUCUGCAUGUUCACUUAAGGUCUAGUACAACAUUACGAUUUGUGUGAAGUUGCAGUUAUGCAAUUUAACUUAUAAUAAAUCAAUUUUCACCUCUUUUCUUAUCUUCAGGUACAAUAAGACAGACAAUACAAAGGUCUUAUUUUAUUGAACUGUUGAGAGGAUUGGGGUUGAGGUAAUGAUGAAAUGCACCAUUAUCAGAGAUUAUCAAUAUUUUAGAUCCAAGGCUACAAAUGAAGUGAUAGGCCAACACUGAUAUUCCUUUAACCUUUCAUGAAAGUCUCCAGUGCUAUUUAGAUGCAUUCAUUGCAUGUUGCAUGGAUUUGACCUUCGAUGCGGGCCUUGUACACUACUAAAUGCUUGGUUGUUUUCAACUCUUGGUUGGGUCAAAAAGGGACAAACUCAAAAUGUUGUCGUUUGAGACCCUGAGUAAGCAGAGAUUGUGCAGGUUUGGAAUGUGCAUACAAUGGACAAAAUGCUUGAAACUGUAUUUCUUUAAUAUUUCUAAAUCAUUGCGUAAAUAUUUGCAUUAUUCAUACUGCCACAGGAGUUCUAACCACAUAAUCACCACAUGUGUACUCUAGACACACCCCACACAGUUAAAACAGUGAUUAACUCAAACACAAGCAGGACUUUGUGUGCGAACAACAGCCACCAGUGACGUAAAUAUUUGACCAUCCGAUACAAGUGAGCGCUUGUUCCCAUUGAAUGAAUCGAAGCCUCCACUCUUUUUCAGAAUCGGUGAAAGAGUGAUGCAUGCUGGGAAGUGUAUAGCCUGGAGGGAGGGUCAAAUUUACACUCUGUGAGCUUUACUCAGCCACAUCAGCGUAAAGAUAAUACUCAGAUUAGAAAGUGUGUUGUCACUUAAACGGGUAUAAAAGGGAGGCGUGGAGUAAAGCUGGGCCAUCAUUAGGAUCACAGCAAAUCCGUCAUCAUGACUUAUAAUGGUUCCUGGAAAGUUGACCGCAAUGAGAACUACGAGAAGUUUAUGGAACAAAUGGGCAUCAACAUGGUGAAAAGGAAACUGGCUGCUCAUGACAACCUGAAGAUCACCCUGGAGCAAACCGGUGACAAGUUCAUAGUGAAGGAAGUUAGUGCUUUCCGCACACUGGACAUAGAAUUUACUCUCGGCGUCAACUUUGAAUAUUCUCUGGCAGAUGGCACUGAGCUCAGUGGAUCCUGGGUCAUGGAGGGUGACAUGUUGAAGGGCACCUUCAGUCGCAAGGACAAUGGAAAGGUGCUCAUAACAACCAGGAAGAUUGUUGAUGGUGAACUUGUACAGACCUAUAACUAUGAAGGUGUCGAUGCCAAGAGGAUUUUCAAAAGGGGUUAGAACUGUAUUGGGACGAUUCAAAACGUUUUAGUGUUAACACUGAAUAUUUUACAGGAAUUGCCAGCCCUGUAUUUAAUGUAUACAAAGUGUGUCCAUGUAAAUCAUGUUUCAUUUGCACUGAGUUUUGAUAUUCAAAGCCUUUUGUGAACUGUUUUCAGUUCUGUGCUGCAUGUUGUGUACCUAAUAAAAAACAGAAAUGCGUUACGUCAGCGAG